UUGCAAUUAAUCUGAAAGACAUUUCAGGAAACCCAAACAUCGGAAUUACGAAUCCCACAUUUGUUAAUACAAAUUUAGUUUUAGUCGUUUUACUAUGAUGUUUCGUGGAUAGCUUAGUAAUGCCUUGGUUAAACGAAAACGUGUGAAUCUGUGAGCGACUGUAUUUGUCUGAAAACAUGGCGAACUUCACGGGCGCAACAACACCGCAGCAGUUUGAAGAACUGUUAAAAAAAGCCGGCAAGUCCCUCGCUGUUGUCCAUUUCUAUGCACCAUGGGCUCCACAGUGCAGUCAGAUGAACGAUGUGAUGGAGGAGUUAGCAAAAGAACACAAACAGACCAUGUUUAUCAAGUUGGAGGCUGAGGCAGUCCCCGGGGUCUCUGAGAAGUAUGAGAUCAGCUCAGUUCCCACCUUCCUCUUUUUCAAGGGUGGUGAGAAGAUUGACAGGCUGGAUGGCGCGCAUGCCCCUGAGCUGACCAAUAAGGUGCAGCGACUGGCGUCCACUGGGGGCGGGCCUGCUGUGGUGGGGGGCGUCCCUAAAGAGGAGCUUAACGAGAGACUGAGGAAACUCAUCAGCACUGCGCCCUGCAUGCUGUUCAUGAAGGGAUCGCCCCAGGAACCACGCUGUGGCUUUAGCAGGCAGAUAGUGCAGAUUCUGAAGGACCACAACAUCCAGUACAGUAGCUUUGAUAUCCUCUCGGACGAGGAGGUCCGGCAGGGCCUGAAGACCUACUCCAACUGGCCCACAUACCCUCAGGUGUAUGUUAAUGGAGAUCUGGUUGGAGGGCUGGACAUCAUCAAGGAGCUGGCUGAAACCGGAGAGCUGGAGAACACCUGCCCUAAGGCUAUCCCAGUGGAACACAGGUUGAAGUCCCUCAUUAACAAAUGUUCUGUCAUGCUCUUCAUGAAAGGAAAUAAAGAGGCAGCCAAAUGUGGAUUCAGUCGUCAGAUACUUGAAAUAAUGAACCGCACAGGGGUUGAGUAUGAGACGUUUGACAUUCUUCAGGAUGAGGAGGUCCGGCAGGGCCUGAAGACAUAUUCCAACUGGCCUACGUACCCACAGCUCUAUGUAAAAGGGGAACUGAUCGGAGGACUGGAUAUUGUCAAGGAACUGAUGGCUAAUGGAGAGCUGGACUCAGUGCUUCGAGGGCAGAAUUAGGAAGACGAGGGACGGGAUGCGGCGAGCAGGCAGCCCCCGCGGCCCUGUGGGUGAAGGGUGGGGGUGUAACGGCGGCUGUGCUCCAGCCAGCACGUAUAGCUGUUCCGAGAUGAGGCGAAACACUGUGGAGACUUAUAAUGAAUAUCUGCCAAGAUCCAUCCCCGAUAUGUGUAAUGAUUGCUACAGGUUCAAUAAAACCAUUGUCUCGGUUAAACUUG